AUGGACACUUUGAAGUUCAUCUCAAUCCUCAAGGAUCGAGAUAUUCCAGUUGAGCAGGAGGUUAUUGUGUCGGUAUUUGAUGACAGAAAUGCACAGUGGGCGUCUGAGCACCUCCGUCCUGACACUCUGCUAUCAAAAGACGAGCUCGCGUUAUACCUCAAGCUCGAAAACUCUGGUGCUCUCCAACCUAUUCUUCACAACCCAGACCUCGGCGCGACGCGACCUAUCCUCGAAGAUGAACUCCGCAACACGAUCGAGUCACUCGAAGCCUCAACGGCGACAAUUCAAAAACAGACCGAGACUCUGAAGUUCCAAUGUGCAAGCCUCAAUAAGCAACUCGGUCUGGAACACAAAGUGGAGCAGCAGCGGAGUCGGGAUAUCGCUCGGUUGCAAAAGAAACACGAAGCGGGGAGGCAAAAUACUACAAUGGCGGCAGUUGAGCUUGCCGAUGAGUUGGAAGCCGGGUUUAGAACUGCGACGGACAAGUCGGGCGCGGAAAGCAAGAGAAUCCUCGCUUCUCUGUCUACCCGGUUAAAGCAGGACGACAAGGUUCUUGCGAGUCUGGAAACGCUCAUGUCUAACAUCAAAUAUCGUGGGAAUGACGCAUCUACGGUCAAGCGCACGAACCAUCUAAGUGUGACGCUGUCAGACUACGUGGCAGAGGAAAUACACUACCGUCUGGACCGAAUAUAUCUGGAAACAAUACACUCAGCGGGCUCGGACCACAACACCAUAGAUGAGCCAACGAGCAUUGCCCUCGAGGAAGAACUAGAGUCGCUAUAUCCAGAGAUCGAAAUCUUGGCAGAAAUGUCGACCAGGCAACAGUUCCAGGAUCCUAUCCUCCGUGAACUUCAGAACGAGCAUGACCAGCUUCGAGUGGCGUCGCAGGAGAAACUAGAACAGGCACUUGACAUAUUGAUCGAGAUGACCUUAUCAAAGCAAGAUCUUACCAACCAACUCGGAGUCCGGGAGUCGUCUUCUGAACUGUUAGAACAGCUAGCCGCGUUAUACCAAUCUGAAGCAGGCAGCGAACUCGUCACACAGCCAUCGUCCCGACGAGAGUCUUUGCGCCGGCGAUCGUUCCAGCCAGGCCUCCUUCUCGCCACUCAGACGUUCAGUGCGCCUGUAGUUGCCCAACCAUCACUAGAAAGACUUCUGAGGCGUGUUGGUGUACCACCGGAAUCAAUCCUCCACCCACGCGAAAAUGGAGGCGUUGGUGACCUUCAUGAGAAGCGAUAUCACAUUUCCGAAACACUCCACAGUCUCAAUAUAGCGGUGGACGCUCCUCUCGUGGCCCAUUUAGCACCGUUGGAUAACGCAUCUCAGCUUCUUCGUUGCUCAUUGCACGCCGACUCUUACUAUGAAACAUCAUUACGCGAUUCUUCCGAGGAGUCAGCGCUCUUGGACCUCGAGAAGGAACUCACAAGUCUUCAAAAUGGGGCCCAGAAGCUCAAUUUGGAUGUUCUCCACCAGCGUGAUAGUAAUCAAGAUAGAUUAAUUGAGCGGUGGAUAUAG